UGCAUGGCUUCCAUGCGCCCCAGCUUCCUCAUCCUACUCUUCCUUCCCCUCCUCAUCGCUGCCGACAAAUGCAACAAAGACGACAAACGUGCCCUCAACUCCAUCAAAUCCGCCUACAACUUCACCGGCUGGAACUCCGCAACAGCCUGCUGCGAUUGGAGCGGCGUCGAAUGUGAUCCUACCGUCCCCGGCACCGAUGGUUCUCGCGUCACCGGCCUAUUCGUUCAAACCGAUUCCACCAUCACCGGCACCAUCCCCUCUGCCGUUGGCGACCUCCCUUUCCUCACCACUCUAAGCUUCCACAAACUCCCCAAUGUCACUGGUAACAUCCCAUCCUCCAUUACCCGUCUCACACGCCUCUCUAUCCUCUUCCUCUCCUGGAACUCUCUCUCGGGGCCGAUCCCCUCGUUCCUCUCCCAAAUCCCCUCUCUCACAGACAUCGACCUCUCUUUCAAUAAAUUCUCCGGCUCAAUCCCCCCUGAACUUGCCAAGCUUCCUUCUAUCCAACAAAUUGAUUUCUCCCGCAACCGCCUCACCGGAUCUAUCCCAGCUGAAUUUGGCAAUUUCAACAAAUCCUCCCCACCGAAUCUCAUUUUCAGCCACAACAGCCUCUCCGGCGAUUUACCGGUCUCCCUCGGCGUGCCGGUAUGGGGUAAAAUAGAUCUGAGCCGGAACAAUUUGACUGGCGACGCUUCUUUUUUAUUUGGUGCGGGGAAGUCGACGCGGUAUAUUGAUUUGAGAAGGAAUGAGUUCGCGUUUGAUCUUAGUCGGGUUACGUUUCCGGUGAACUUGACGGUUUUAGAUCUGAAUCUUAAUAAGAUUAUAGGGUCGAUACCGGCUCAGAUAAACCAGGUGGACCCGACUUACUUUCCUGUGUUCAACGUUAGUUAUAACCGGCUUUGUGGUGAAAUUCCGGCUGGGCCGAUCACUGCUAUGUUUGGAGUGGAUUCGUAUUUUCACAACAAGUGCCUCUGCGGCUCGCCGUUGCCUCCCUGCUAGAAGUUAAAAUUUAAAAAUAUCAGUUGUGUUGUUACCCAAUAAUUUUUUUUUUUAAAUUAAUGUUGUUUUCGUAAUUAUUCCUGUGACGAGUUUGCGUAAUUUGUUUUCGUCAUAUUUCCUGUGACGAGUUUGUGUAAUUGUUUUGCUUUUCUUUUCCUGAUAUUAAUAAAAAUGCUCGUGCAUUUGCAAGAA